UUCACUACCUAGAAAUCUAAUUGAAUUUUCCGCGAAAGUCCAACUGUCCAAACUCCCAACUCUUUUGUUUUUCCCCAAUUCCCUUCGUCCCUUUCACGUUCCAAAUCCCAUCCCUAAUACAUACCCCUUAUUUAGGGUUCACUAACACCCGAAUUCUUUUAUUUAUUUUUUCAUUCAUUAGAGGUGAAAAUCAGAGCUUCUGUAAAUUUUUAAAGGGAUCUGAACAAGUUUUUGAUAUGAGUAUGCUUCACAGGAGCUUCAAGCCGGCCAAAUGCAAAACGGCAUUGAAGCUCUCCGUAUCUCGCAUAAAGCUCUUGAAUAAUAAGAGAGAAAAUCAGGUGAAGCAGAUGAAAAGGGAAUUGGCCCAAUUGCUCGAGUCGGGUCAGAUUCCGACCGCUCGAAUUCGGGUUGAACAUGUGAUCAGGGAAGAGAAAACAUUGACGGCCUAUAAUUUUAUUGAGGUAUACUGUGAGCUUAUUGCAGCACGCUUGCCAAUCAUCGAGUCUCAAAAAAACUGUCCCAUUGACCUGAAGGAAGCAAUUACAAGUGUAAUAUUUGCAGCUCCAAGAUGUGCAGACAUUCCAGAACUCGCAGAUAUUCGGAAACAGUUUACAACAAAAUAUGGCAAAGAGUUUGUCUCUGCAGCUAUUGACUUGCGUCCAGAUUGUGGUGUGAAUCGUGUGUUAGUGGAGAAACUAUCUGCCAAGGCACCUGAUGGUCCUACCAAGCUCAAAGUCUUGAAUGCCAUCGCAGAGGAACAUAAUGUCAAAUGGAAUCCUGACUCAUUUGGAGGACAUGAUUCUAAUCCCUCCCAGGACUUGCUGAACGGACCAAAUAAUUUGGAGAUGAUGAGUAAAGUUCACACUGAAGUUUCCCCUGGCCCAGUUUGGAUCCAAGAUGACAAAGGACCACCAAAUGUCCAAGUGCCACAUAAGUACAAUCAGAGGCAUGAUGCAAGUGUAAACUUCAAUGAGCAGAACGUGAGACCAACAUCUGGCUAUCAAAAAAAUUCUUCUACAGAUGUUGCACCCGGCAAGGCAACAAUAUCUAAUACAUUCCAUACGGAAGUGAGAUCUUCGGGUCAUGCAAUGGACCGGAUGGAACAUAACCAAUCUGUGUCUGGAAAUGAAAAUGCUCACUCCUUGGGUAGACAGAACUGGAAUGUGCAAUUUAAGGAUGCCACUUCUGCAGCACAGGCAGCUGCUGAGUCUGCGGAACUAGCAAGCAUGGCUGCCAGAGCAGCUGCAGAACUUUCUAGACAAUAUUCCUCGGAAUCACAUAAGUUGUCUCCUGGUUAUGUUCAGAAAGAUGAAAAACCCCAAAUCUAUGCUGACCCAAAGUUGUCGAGUCACCAUAUUGCCAAACAAGCAGACAAUGCUGUUCAUGGAAAGAAUUCUGGACACCAUGAUAAGCAAAUUAUUGACAAUGAACAAGAACAGCGGGCUAGGGAAGCUGAAAGGUUUCAUAGAGACAGUUAUAGGAACAGUGAAAGAUACAAUAAUGCAGCUUCCUUAAAGUUCAGUUCAGCUUCCACUGAUGAUGCUACAGUAGUGAAUAGUCUUCGAACUGGAGACAGAUAUUCCCAAAGGAAGUCAACUGAAUCUGAUAAGAGUGAUUUAUUAGAUGAAGUAAGUAAGAGGAAAGAUAAAGGUCGUAGUGAAUUGGAGUCAUCUUCUGAGGAAAUUGCUUCAUUUGAUAAAAAUGUGACCCGAAAGUAUUCCGAGGUUGUUCCAUCUCAUUCUUAUUCAAGCUCUUCUGAUGAUGAUAAAGAGGAUGUUUUGAAAAAGAAUGAGAAUGUUGCUUUUUUUGAGGAUGUGAUGACUGAAAAACAAUCUAGCCGGGCUUCCUCCAGAUCUCAUUCAAGCACCUUCGGUGAUAUUCAUGAAGACAUAUUCAAAAGAAAUGGUCCUAGUGAAAAUCCUUCUGUUCACAAUGACGGAAGUAUUUAUAGAAACACUUCAGAAAUAAAUUCUAGUGACAAUACUUUAAUGUUUGACGACUAUUGUUCUGAUGAGGAUAACAAUAAAGUUGAUGUGGGCGAUUAUAAGGGACAAGAAACAAGUUCAUAUUUUUCAUCCCUGAGUAGAAAACCAUCUGCAAAUCUUUUUGCUGCUGAUUCUCCUGUCUGGCCCCCUAGAAAUACAGAUGAGGAACUUAGAAAGUCUACUUCACAAUCACAUCCACCGGAGUUUUCUGAAAGUUUGAAAGGUUCUAGUGUUGCAUCACAACAAGAUGUUUUGCCGCCUGCAGCUUUUGAUGAUUAUGAUAGCCAAGAUUCUGACUGUGAAGAACAUUUUGGAAAAUCUAAGUUGCUUGGAGGUGCAGAUUUUGAUAACUUUUCCUCUGAAAUGAAUUUGAACUCUAAAAGUUCUGAACCAUUGCAUAGUGAAGAUCAUAUUUUACAAUCAUCCACUUCUGAGGCCGGAGGAUCUAGAAGAAAUUCAUGGCUGCCAACCACAUCAGUUGAUCAAUUUCCCAAGGAGGUACAUCCUGAUAGAAGCCAAGGACUUGAAUCUAGUUCUGUAUCUGAAAAGAAAUUUAAUUAUGCAGAGCUGUCUCCCAGGCUUACGAAAUCUGAAUUGGAUUUGACGGCUAAGGACGCACUAGAAUCGUUUGAUACUACGAAAGAUAUUGAAAAUACAAAAGAAUCUUCUUUUGAAAGUAGUACUCAGGAGUUGAGCUUCGGGACAUUGAAAGGUGGUUUGCGGAAUAAGAGUAAUAGGCGUCCACUGUAUACGAGGAAAUCAUCAGAAAACUCUGUGUCUGUUGAACAAGAUAGCAAGGGUAGUUUUUCUAGGAUUGAGCAAUCUUCCUCUUCUCCAACAAUCAAGACUUCAAUUGGUUCUGGUGCUGACAAGCAAGACCCACAUAGUGAGGAAGAAGACACAAACCUAAACAAUAAUGUGGAUGUGAGGACCUUUGCUAAACCCACAGACUCUUUUGAUAAUCACUUGGAAGAGGAAUUUCAACAAGAGACUAGUAGCAUUAGGCAGCCGUACACUCAGAAAUUGGGUAUUGAACUAAACAAAAAAUCUAAUUUAAGGGGUUUACACAAUUAUUUUGAUUUGGAUAAUAGUGAUUCUGAGGAGGAUCUUCCUAAGUUGACUCCCACCAGAAAUGCAUACCCAGGCUUUGGAAUUUCUCGAAGGACGAAAGCUUCUCCUUCUGAUUCUGGUAGAACUUACUCAAAGACUAACGUUUUAUCUGGGGAAUCUACAACUCCCAAGUAUAGUGCUGAAGUGAAGACUACAACUCCCAAAUAUAGAGCUGAAACAAAGACUAAUGUAUUCUCAGACGAAUCUAUAACUCUUAAGUAUAGAGCUGAGGCAAAGACUGAUGUAUUCUCUGGGGAAUCUAGAACUCCCAAGUAUAGUGCUGAAAGCAAGUCAUCUUCAGGUAGUUUCCAUGCCAAGGAAGUUUUGCCAAAGCCUUCACCCGAGACCAAAUUCUCAGAUUACUCAGUGGAGCAAUAUACUCCUAAACCCAUACUAGAAUCCAGGAGAUCAUCACACACGGAAAGUCCAAAAUCAACCCCAAGAAAGCAAGCAUCCAAUGUUCUUUAUGCAUCAGUGGAGGAGGAUAGUCCUAAACCAAUACCAGAUUCAAACAGGUCUUCACGCCUGUCAUCUACAAGUGAACAAACAUCGAAUUCUCAUCGUGUAUCAUUGCAGCAAAAUACUCCUAAGCCAAUACCUGCAUCAAUAUUUUCACCUAUCGAGAGUUCAAAGCCAUCCAGGAGGGAAAGACCAUCCAAAUAUCUUCCAAAGAACACUAAAUCUGGGGUCACUGAAUCUUCAAAGCCCUCUGUAAUCCGGGAGUCUUCGUCAAAUGACAAGACAGGUCAUGUGCAUCCCAAGCUUCCUGACUCUGAUUCUUUUACUGCCUUCUUUCAAUCUCUCAAACAGACGCGGGAGUAAAACAGUUACAUUGUCACAUACUAUACUCUAUAGGUUGCGGUUAUGUAAGUAUGAAGUUUGUUGGUGCUUUGAUAUUGUAUAUGGCUUUUACUACAACAAUUUUUGAUCUUUAGAGUGGAGAGCACCCUGAUGUUCAUAUAGGAUGUGUAUUAUUUUACUCCUUUACAAAUUGACCGAUCCAUAGCUCCAUUAUUUUGUUCUAUAUCGUCACUUUAUGUUGGUUAAAUAAAAGGAAACAUUUUUUA